AUGAUCGCUGCAGUAGACUUCAUUCUCAAUCUGUUCAAAUGUGAGCAAGGAAGAAAGGGUUCAGAUUGGGAUUUGGCCCUGGAGAUACUUGGCUCUGUCAGUCUGGUGUUCUCAUGCCUAUUCGUCGUUGAACUCACUGCCUCCGUCUGGGCAUUCGGUUGGAAAUACUUCAACUCUUGGUUCCACUGCUUCGACGCCUUCAUCGUCAUCGCAGGCUUCAUUACAGAUGUCGCACUGCGCGGUAUUAUCGAGGAGGUUGCUUCUCUGAUUGUCGUCAUGCGGCUUUGGCGUGUGGUCAAGAUUAUAGAAGAACUUGGUGUUGGAGCUCAAGAGCAGACGGAGGAGUUAAACGUCAAGUUGGAGAAGGCUGAGAGUGAGAAUGAAGAUCUGAGAAGUGAGAUCUCACGGCUGAAAGGAGCCAUGAGAAAGGCGGGUCUGGAUCAGCAGGAUAUCGGGGCUACAGUGAGCUGA